AUGAACACAGCUUUUGAAAGAAGAGUCCUGAUUGACACCGGGGAGCCGGCGAUACCUGAAUAUAUUGGCUGUUUAAAGCAGGCACUGUCAGAGUUCAACAUCUCAAUCCAAGAAAUUUUAGUGACGCACUGGCAUCGCGAUCAUACUGGUGGAGUACCUGAUGUCUGCAAAAACAUCCCUAAUGACUCUGAAUAUCGCAUCUGUAAGCUUCCCCGUGUCCCUCACCGUGAAGAAAUAAUAGAAGGAGGACAUAAAUAUUUUUAUCUUAAAGAGGGAGAUGUGGUAGAGACAGAAGGAGCCACACUCAGAGUUUUAUAUACACCUGGACACACUGAUGAUCAUAUGGCUUUACAUUUAGAAGAAGAAAAUGCUGUAUUUUCCGGUGACUGUAUUUUAGGGGAAGGCACAACAGUAAUUGAAGACCUAUAUGAUUACAUGAAAACUUUGAAAAGGUUGUUACAAAUGAAACUAGAUUUAAUAUAUCCAGGUCAUGGCCCAGUAGUGCGUGAUGCAAAUGCAAGAAUCCAAGGCUACAUUUCUCACCGAACUGCACGUGAACAGCAAAUUCUAGAUGUUUUCCAGAAGAAUGCUGGAAAAUCAUAUACAUCCGCAGAGCUUGUAAAGAUAGUAUAUAAGGAGAUCCCGGAAAAUUUACUUGCAGCAGCAGAAAAUAACCUACUAGUCCACUUGAAGAAGUUGGAAAAAGAUGGAAGAGUGUUACGUGAGGCAUCUCCCAACUUCAGGUGGAGAAACAAUUUAUAAGUUACGCAAGAUUGCUCAAGAAUAUUUUUAAUCUGCACAGUUGCUGCAUGAAGAAAUAUUAAUGAUAAGCUCAGACAACAUGUAAAAUAAAAACUAAUUCUUCUUGCUUUUU